GCUCCAGCCCCAUCCCCUGGAUCGCGGCCAUCGCAGCAGUAGCAGCAGGAGCCGCAGCAGGGAGGGGAGGGGGGGAAAGCAACGCGCGCCCCCCCACCAGCCUUCCCCAUGUCCUGCCAAGCUUGAGCCGGCACAGAUCGGGGAGGGGGAGGCUGGAGAGGGACACCCCCCUCCCGAGCCCCUUCCCUCCGCCACCUCCCCGCGGCGGAGCCGGUCGUGCAGGACCUUGGACAGUCGCCACGACGCCGCCGGCCGGCCCGCUUGAGGAUCAGCGCGGACUGCGGUCUAAUACUAAGCAGAGAAGGCAGUGGUGGAGGCGAGGGAGUGUUUGAAACAGAGGCACCCCAGCCCAGGGUGCUGACGGCACACUGACGGCUCCCUUCUCGGUUCCUCUCCCUCCCUGCCUCCUGCUGCUGGCGCCAUGGGCACCGUGUUGUCCCUUUCGCCCAGUUACCGGAAGGCAACCCUCUUUGAGGAUGGCUCAGGCACCGUGGGGCAUUACACGGCUGUCCAGAACAGCAAGAAUGCCAAGGACAAGAACCUCAAGCGCCACUCCAUCAUCUCGGUUCUGCCCUGGAAACGCAUUGUGGCUGUGUCAGCCAAAAAGAAGAAUUCCAAGAAGGUGCAGCCCAACAGCACUUACCAGAACAAUGUCACCCACCUCAACAACGAGAACCUGAAGAAGUCCCUCUCCUGUGCCAACCUCUCCACCUUUGCCCAGAACCAGAGUGCUCAGCCCCCAGCCCCAAAUAACCAGAUUUCUAGCUCCAAGAGCACCCUCUCCUCCAUCAAGAAGACUCCCCACCCCAACACCAACUCCUCAGGCACUCCCAAGAGGGUGAUUGUCCAAGCCUCGACCAGCGAGCUCCUCCGAUGCCUGGGUGAAUUCCUGUGCCGACGGUGCUACCGGCUGAAACACCUCUCCCCCACCGAUCCGGUCCUUUGGCUCCGGAGUGUCGACCGAUCCCUCCUUCUGCAAGGCUGGCAAGACCAAGGGUUUAUCACCCCAGCCAACGUGGUCUUUCUGUACAUGCUUUGCCGGGAUGUCAUCUCAUGCGAAGUGGCCACAGACCAUGAACUCCAAGCUGUCUUACUUACCUGCCUCUAUCUCUCCUAUUCCUAUAUGGGCAAUGAAAUUUCUUAUCCUCUCAAGCCCUUUCUAGUAGAGAGCUGCAAAGAGGCCUUUUGGGAUCGCUGUCUAUCCAUCAUUAACCUCAUGAGUCCCAAAAUGUUGCAGAUCAAUGCUGACCCGCACUAUUUCACUCAGGUCUUUGCUGACCUGAAGAACGAGAGCAGCCAGGAAGAAAAGAAUAGGCUACUCAUUGGCUUGGACCGGUGA